AUGCGUCUUCUCAGAGUUGAUAAGCUCGCAGACGCCGAGUUUAUUGACAAAAGACUGGCUACGGCUAUUUCCCACCAGUCGAUUUCGAGUGAGGCAAAUAAGCGCCCAGAUGUCGUGAAGAUGGAAAAGUUCCUGGAGGUAGAGCUGGGCAAAAAAUUCGGUGCCGAAACCUUCGAUCUGCCCCCGAUUCUUGUUGCCUGGUAUCCCCCGAGAAAGAGCGCUUCAAAUGACAAGAAAACCCUUCUCAUCUACGGCCACUAUGAUGUUCAGCCAGAGUUGACCGGUUGGUCGUACCCGGCCUUUAAGCAUACCAGAGUGCAAGGCCCUAGUGGGGAGCGACUAUAUGGACGGGACUCUACUGAUGACAAGGGACCGGUUUUGGGAUGGCUAAAUGCAAUUGAAGCCCACAAGAAUGCCGGAGUUGAAAUUCCUGUCAACCUCAUCUUCUGCUUUGAAGGCAUGGAAGAGAGCUCGUCGGAGGGAUUCACUGCUUUUCUUGAGAAAUAUGGAAACGAUUUCUUCAAAGACGUGGACGGAGGUGUCAUUGCCGACAAUUACUGGAACACCGCCAAAUGCCCAUGUCUGACCUAUGGGCUUCGAGGCAUCAACUACUUCAGGGUCACCAUCACGGGCGCCCCCAAGCAGCUCCAUAGCGGCAUCUAUGGAGGCGCUGUUGCCGAGCCCAUGACAGAUCUGUUUAGUCUUUUUUCGAAAUUAGUCAAUAACGAGGGGAAGAUUCUGAUCCCUGGCAUCAAUGACCAGGUAGAACCGCUCACCGAAAAAGAGAAGGCACUGUACAAGAAAAUCCGUUUCAAGUUGAAGGAUUUCACCGACGCAAUCGGCGAUACAAAAGUUGUCAGCGUAGAAGCUAAAGCGGCGUAG